AUGAAGGUGCAGGAUCUUGCAGAAGAGUUUGGCACUUUCCAACUCCGAAUAGAGCAACGAUUGGAUGAAAAUCAGGCUCAAAUCGCUACUUUCAACAAUCAAUUGCAACAAAUUCAUUCAGUGUUGCUGGGUUUGGAAAGUCGAUGUCGUGACCCAGGACCACAGAAAGAACCAUCUUCGUCUUCUUCGUCUUCGCACAUGCAAGGGGAUCCACCAUUAUCGUCGAUUCCAGAAGAUCCACCCCACACCAAUGGGCAAGGCGGUGUUAGGGUUGACCAUAACGACCCACGGUCAUUUCUUAAGUUCGUUCGUAUGGAGUUUCCGGCAUUUCUGGGCGUGGAUCCAAACGGUUGGAUCUUUAAAACAGAGAUGUUGUAUGAAUUGCAACAUGUUCCAGAGGAGUAUAAAGUACGAUUGGCAGGGCUCAAAAUGGAAGGAGCAGCUUUACCUUGGUAUCAAUGGUUGUACAGAGGAGGGUCUCUUAAAUCUUGGACGGAUUUUAAGACAGCUUUGUGUCAAAGAUUUGGGGCUGAAUCGUACAUGGAUCUCAAGGGGGUUCUUUCCAAACUUACACAAUCGGGUGCUUUGAAGGAUUACAUCCGUGAAUUUGAAGCCCUAAUCAAUCAAGUAACUGAAUUUUCGGAUGAGGUACUUGCUAGUUUUUUCAUUUCUGGUUUGCAUGCUGAUCUGAGGCGCGCCAUCCAAUUUCAUAACCCCACUUCUCUCCAUCAAGCCAUGAAAUUGGCGGUGGCAUAUGAGGCCCAUCAUAGUGAGCUUCGUACUUCAUUCCCGGCUAACUCCAAACCGCUCUAUGGGAGGCAAUCGGUGGGAGAUCCUUCGUUUUCUUUGUCCCCACAGGUAUCUCAAGUUAAACCCAUCAAUUCGGUACCAGCUUUACCUGCCCUCAAUUUACCUCCGAUUAAGAAGUUCUCACAUGAAUACCUGCAGAAACGGAGAGAGUCAGGUCUCUGUUAUCAUUGUAAUGAAAAAUGGAAUGUGCGCCAUAGAUGUCAAGGGAGGAUGCUACUGUUGAUAGGUGAGGAGGAUGAGUUGGGGGAUCAACCAGAUGAGCAGAUAGUUUGGCAGCCAGAGGCCAAAACUAUUGAAAUGUCUGAUGCAGCCUUACAUUCAAUGGUGGGAGACACCAAUCCUCGGGCCUUGCAUUUUGACAUUCCAUUCCAUGGAGAAAUGGUCCAGGUUUUAAUCGACUCAGGUAGCUCUCACAACUUUAUCAAUAGGGAGUUAGUUGAAAAAUUUGAUUUACCUAUGUCCAGAACCACUAAGAUGCGGGUUUAUUUGGGAAAUGGAGAAUUUUUGUUGUGUGAGAAAAAAUGUCUUGAUGUGAAACUCUUGAUUCAAGGACAUCAAUUUGUAGUUGAUUUGUGGGUUAUUGAAUUGCAUGAUUUGGGAAUAAUUUUGGGAAUCAUGUGGUUAGCCAAAUUGGGAAGGGUGAUACAUGAUUAUGAGCUUUUAACCAUGGAGUUUGAGUGGUGCAGCAAGAGGGUAUUGUUGAAAGGGGGUUCUGAUCAGCAUUCCAAUUCCAAAUUGAUGCUCCAUUUGGGAGUACAGCAGUCUAAUGCAGAGGUGGAGAUGAUGAAAGAUAAGGUUUCUCCGGAAUUAUGGAAGGUACUAGUGGCCUUUCAAGCUGUUUUCCAGAUUCCUAAUGCGUUACCCCCAUUUAGAGGCUGUAAUCAUUCAAUUCAUCUUGAGGAGGGUGCGAAGCCAGUAUCAGUACGUCCUUAUAGGUAUGCUUAUCACCAGAAGGCUGAAAUAGAGCAACAAGUUGCUGACUUGUUAACUUCUGGGUACAUACAAGAAAGUAGAAGUCCAUUUUCUUCUCCAGUGUUGUUAGUCAAGAAACAAGAUGGCACUUGGCGCAUGUGUAUUGACUAUAGGAAGCUUAACAAUAUCACUGUUAAGGAUCGCUUUCCUAUUCCGACAAUUGAUGAGUUGUUGGACGAGUUACAUGGGGCAAAGGUAUUCUCCAAAUUGGACUUACGCAGUGGCUAUCACCAGAUAAGAAUGACUCUGGAUGACGUGUUCAAGACUGCUUUUCGAACCCAUGAGGGUCAUUACGAGUUUUUGGUUAUGCCGUUCGGCUUAACUAAUGCUCCUUCUACCUUCCAAGCGGCUAUGAAUCACUUGUUUAAGGCUCAUCUUCGCAGGUUCGUGAUUGUUUUUUUUGAUGAUAUACUUGUGUAUAGCACUACCAUGGAAGAUCACAUUCUGCAUUUGAGGACUGCAUUGCACUGUCUUUUGCAGAAUCAAUUUUAUGUCAAGAUGAGUAAAUGA